GAGCUCUCUGAACUUUUGGCCGAAGACAAGCUUGUUGGAGUGCCGUUCAUCGUAUUUGCCAAUAAACAGGAUCUACUGAACGCGGAAACUGCGGACAAAAUCUCAGAUGGCUUGGGUUUACUUACUAUCCGGGAUCGUCCGUGGCAGAUUCAAGGAUGUUCGGCUUUAACAGGAACCGGAAUAAAA